GCUCGCGGGGCAGGCAGCUGGGGUCGUGAGGCCGCCGUCAGAGGCUACACUGAGCCUGUGCGCCCCCUCCUGCCCCAGGAAGAGGCCCCCAGCUGCCCAGCUGCCAUGCACAAGCAUUACAAAGUCCACUUUGCCAAGGAUGCCCAGAGCCCCAACGGGCACUACUUCUGGGACCCAGAGUUGGGGCACCAAAAAGAUAUCCUGACAGAGGAUGACGUCUACUGCAGCUGCCUGGCCAAGACACUCUGCCAUGUGCCGGUCCCUGUGACUGUGGGUUUCUACGCCCCUUUCGGCUGCCGCCUGCACAUGAUGCUGGACAAGAUCACGGCGCUGAUGCAGCAGGAGGCGGCGCAGCGCGAGAGGGAGGAGCUGCAGCACGUGCAGUGGCGGCCGCGCGCCGUGAGCGGCUGGGGCGUCCCGCAGCUGCUGUGGUACCUGGUGUUCCUGCAGCCCAUCAUCACCGAGGUGCACCUGCGGCGCAGGAACGUGCAGUUUCUUUUCAUCCGCUUUAGCGCCUGGCAGUACGAGGGCACCGACAAGCUGUGGGCCGGCCUGGUGACCACGUUGUGCGAGGGCAUCCGCCACCACUACGGCGCGCUGCCCUUUAGCGUGUACUCGGUGCUGGGCAACAAGCCGGCCACCAGGCAGGACUGCUGCCAGAGCGAGUGGCACUGCCGGCGCCGCGUGUGCCUGGGGCUGCUGGCGCUGCUGGCGGCGCUGGGCCUGGGCGUGGGGCUGCUCUACCUGUCGCUGGGCGGCCACGCACUGGGCCACAGCAGCCCGAACGGCAGCCUGCUCAAGGCGUUCGGCGGCGCGGCCACCACACUGUCGGGCUCGGGGCUGCUCAUGGCCGUGUACUCGGUGGGCAAGCACCUGUUCGUAAGCCAGCGCAAGAAGAUCGAGCGGCUGGUGUCGCGCGAAAAGUUCGGCAGCCAGCUGGGCUUCAUGUGCGAGGUGAAGAAGGAGGUGGAGCUGCUCACUGACUUCCUGUGCUUCCUGGAGAUCUACCAGCGGUGCCGGCUGCGCGUGGUACUGGAGGUCACCGGGCUGGACACGUGCUAUCCGGAGCGUGUGGUGGGCCUGCUCAACGCCAUCAACACGCUGCUGUCCGACAGCCACGCGCCCUUCAUCUUCAUCCUGGUCGUGGACCCCAGCAUCCUGGCUGCGUGCCUGGAGAGCGCAGGCAACAUGAAGGGCACGGCCGACAACGGCUACCUCUUCCUCAACCGCACGGUCACGCUGCCCUUCUCUGUGCCCAUCAUGGGCCGCCGCACCAAGCUGCAGUUCCUGCAGGAUGCGGUGCAGAGCCGCGACGACCUGUUGUGCCGCGACAUCACGCGCAAGCUAUUGCUGCCGGGGGACGCCAGGGGCGAGAGCGCGCAGCUGCUGGCGGUGCAGACGCAGGCGGGGGCGGAGCGCGGGCAGGGCCGCAUCGACGCCGAGGCUGCGCAGCGCAUCCAGGAGGCGCUCUUUUGCCUUCACAACGAACACGACUGCCUCUACGAGUACGUGCCCGACAACGUGGUGUCCAUGCGGCGCAUCGUCAACACCGUGCCUAUCACCGUGCGCCUGCUGCAGCAGCAGCAGCAGCAGGGGGACUUCGGGGGCCCCACGCCGCGCCAGGCGGUGGCGUGGGUGGUGCUCGCCAACCAGUGGCCGUGCCGCCUGAGCUGGGCGCUGCAGUGCCUGGAGGACCGGCAGCAGACGGGGGGCGCGCCCGAGGGCCAUGCUCGCCUCUGGGACGUGUUCCGCGACAACAGCCGCGAGCUGCACACUAUGACCAAGGCGUUGCAGAACGUACUCGACCUGGACGGCGACCCUGAGCUCUUCGAGCGCUUCCUGGGCGCCGACUUCCCCUUCACCGUGGCCGAGGCACAGAGCCUGCUGCGCUGCACGGUCAACCUGGACCACUCAAUCCGCCGGCGCAUGGGUCUCAUCCGAGCCGUCAGCGCCCUCAAGCCGCCCAGCCCGCCCAAGUCCCCUGCCCGCGAUGCCCCCCACGCUGCCCACCGGACCAACAGCGCCUCCGGGGCGCCUCCGUCGGGCCGUGCCUCAGGGCAAGCCAGCGAAGGCCACCACGCUGCGGACUUGGCCCACAGGGGCAAGCUAUGGCCGGUGGCCUGCUCGCUCUUCCAUCCAGGGCAGUCCAGCCCAGGUGGGCCUUGAAUAGAGGACUUGGCGGGCAGCAGGAGGCAAGGGUUCCUCUGUCUGCCCAGAUGGGGGAAUAGGGGGCUGGACUGGACCCAGGGUCCCAAUGAGCCCUGUGAGGGCCACACCCCCGGGUGAAUCGGAGCCAGAGCCGUGGACAUAGCCUCCAGGAGCGGGGCAGCGAGCCGGUGGCAGCAUGAGAGCAGGCACAGAAGGACCAAUGAGAAACUCAGGA